AUGGAAAAAGACUUUAUAAAAGAGGAAAUUAUAAAUUUAAGUGAUAACCCUGACUUUGAAUUUAAUAUACAAUUACAAAAACUAAGAACUGAUAGAGUAAAAAGUGUUUUAAGGGGGUGGAUUUCUGACGAUAGGGGGAAAAAACUCGGCAUAGGUUCCGACGAAAAUAUCGAAAGUUUCCACUCUCUUGAGAAUAUUCUUAGAGAUGAAAAUGAAGAGUCGUCAGAAUCAAUGGAGAAAAGACAAACUCUCGAAAGAAAGAUUAUUGAUGCUCAAAACAAUACCAAUGAAUUAUUGGAAGAAAAGAGUGAAGAGUUUUUACUUCAACAAGCAGAGGCAAUUAAUAAUUUGACGAAAUUAAAUAAUGAUCAAAAGGGAAAAGAACAUCAAAUUCCGAGAGCUGCACUAAGAAAAUUACAAGAGUUUUAUAAUAAAAUUAAAAAAGAUAGAGAUGAAGCAAUUAAAACUUUGGAAAAUGAAUUUUUAACAGGUCAAUUAAAAACUUCCAUCAUACCAAAACUAAAACAACUAAAGGAAAAAAUGAAAGAAAAACCAGAAAUACCAAAAAAUUCCGACGUUGAUUUUAUAGAAAGUACAAAGAAUGAAAUAUUAAUAGAUAUAGAAAAGUUAACAGUGACAUUUUCAAACUCAUUAGAAAAGCUGAAAACUGAUAUACUAAAUCAAAUAGAAAAAUAUAAUGAAACCAUUAAAAAUAUUGGAAAGGGAUAUAAUCCUUCAGUAAUGUCGAUAGAAUAUGAAAAUGCUACACCACAAAAUAAAAUAUCAGAAGAAAAUAAAUUAUAA